AUGUACCUGGAGAAUUUCAGGAAACAGCAGGUCAUAAAUAAGAUCUUGGGACCCUUUCGGGACGUUGAUAGGGCGAGGAUACUUGACAGGCACUCGGCGUCCAGCGAAAAGGCGACACAUGUGCUCACGACGUGGCAUAUGUAUGUUGUGGAACACAUUUGUUGUAAUAGAAAAAUAUCUUCGUUAAGCAAGACGUUAUCUUUGUCCUUGUACACGUAUAUCGCCAAGUCGUACAUGUUCAAAGAACAUAGUUUUAUAGUACUGAAAGAGCUCUUGACAGCUAUGUGUUGGACCAGCACCGGUCAUACACCUUAUUACUUUUUUCUGGCUUUAGAAAACUUGACAUGGAUUUAUUGGAUCUCGGUUGGGAUCGAACGAAAACGCGUUGUGUUGGAAGAAUUCUAGCAUAGGCGUAGGAUUAAGAUACUUUUUCUGCAUUCUGUAUCCAUAUUUUUUAGUUGCAAGAGGAUUCAAUCUUUUAAAG